CUGAAAAGUACCUUUGUUGGGUAGCCGACCUUGUAUACUAAUGUUCAUUGCCCAAGUACUACAGGUGCAUCGAUGUUACUGCAAAGUACCCUAUCGACGAACAGAGCGAUUCUUCGACUAUUAGUAAGAAUCUCUAUGAUCAGAGGCAGACAACGUGAUCGAAUUUAGUGGUAGUGAAUCGCGAUCGUUCCACGGUAGUCGUCGAAGUGCGUAUCGUGUAAAUUUUCCAUGUAUUGAUUCAAUAGUAUUUUUGUAUCGGCAUGAAACAACACUAACAAACUCCAAGAUGAGAUGAAUUUCUUACCCGCAGGAGUACAAACUUGCAACGCAUUAUCACUGUCUUCCCAUGCAAGUUUUAUUAUCUACGGCCUCACGUACCUUGUUUGUGUUGCACAUUCGUUUCUAUGCAUUUGCAUAUUACCUCCGUUUGUUUUGCUAGUUUACUUACCUUCCACAGAAGCACCAUAAACGAUUCCAAGGUGGGAGCAAACCUAGAGUUCUUUAUCUUGCGAGACGAAAUAUCUGGUGCAGUAUCUAGUCUGUGCUCCGAAGUCUAGUAUCGGAAGUGUGAGGCAUUAUCAGAUUAGAAAAUUUUUUAUUUGAAAAAAAAACAUUUUGAACUAUUGUUGGAAUUGAUCGUAACAGAAACUAAAGCGUAAUGUUUCAAUUUCGGGCAAAGCUACUACUCUGCUGCGUCAUCUGCUAUUGUCAAUGUUUGGCAAUAGUUCUCCCGUUCUAGUGCUGGUUGCGAAUGGAAGUGAUAUCACGAUUAAUUUUCCCGGUGAAAACAAUAACAAUCGUGUAUUCAGCAUCGUCAGCAGCUCCGGCAAUAAUAACCCAACCAUGUUGGACUGGAUAGGUGGUAAUGGAGCGAACAAGGCACCUACCAUUACGCUUGGUAAAUCGAACGCGCCUGCAAUGGCUCCGGGUCAGGCUGACGAUACCGACGAUGACGAAGAUAAUCCUACUUCACUUUCCAAUCAUAACCCGAGAUGGGGACCGCAAGGAUUGAACGCAUACGAUGAAAACGAUGGCAUACUUCCGCUAGUAACGACCGUAACCCCUAAAAUUCCGGUCAACGUCACCACCAGUUCCAGUGGAUACGUUGAAACUACUGAUAAGGUGAUAGCAGCACCUGUUUGACAAACAUGUUCUACCCGUGACCCACAUUCCAUGCAUAACCCAAACUUAUUCGUAAAUAGAUGUGCGCACAUACUUGUGACUGCUGUUAUGCACCUUUA